UGCCCAUGUUUAUCUGGAUUUUAGCCAUGGCCAAUUCUGAUUGUUCAUGCCAUUAUCGACGGGAAUGGAAGGAGGGCUUCUUCUUGGGCACUUAUUCCAUGAUACUCCGAGCUUGCGCCCAAAGGCAUUUGAGCACUCAUUGGCGAUCAAUUUGUGAGAAUCAAAUGAACAGGGAGAAACGUAUUGUUUUCAAGCUCAAUGCAUAGGUAUUACUUGUAGUGCCAUUCUUCCUCAAACCUGACCACCAGCGACGAUUCGCCACUCCUGCGUUUUUGGGCCAGAUGAGGCUUAUGGAUUUGGGGCUCGAAUCUGACCAACCGACCAAGUGAAGUGACGACAAGGCAGGAAUGCAAUUUGUUGGUCACGCUCCAUAAGAGACCGAGGUGAAGAGAGAGGGUGUGGGUUGAGCAGGCCACCUCGGUGUCCAUGCCAAUGUGACAUUUCGGCAAACCUUUGGUUCAAUGAGGAAUGGGGACUGCACAAAACAUUGCUAUGAUGCUCCGGCGAGUAUUGUGACCCGAUGGUUUGCGAUGAUCUCCACCAUGGACGACUGUCUCUCUUCGUGGACUCUUUCUUUCGAUGGCUUCCCAAGGGUUCUUUUGUCGGUGACCGCUUCAAUGGGGGAAUCUCCAGUCACCGAAGACCACAUCAAUUCUACGAGAACCAAGGUCAUGGCAAAAUCUUGCAUCUGUCUCAGUCCGGGGAUAUCGGACAUGUCUUGUAAGAAUGGAACCCAAAACACGUUGCUGUCCCACAUGAGAACGGAUCCAAUUUGUUGAAUGUGGCAUUCACUUGGGAGGGAGGCUUUUCCUUGAUCCUGCCUGAGCGGGCUCUUGUUUAGGGCUUUUGAAUGGACGAAAUUCCUCGGGAUGGCCAAAGGAGAAAUAGAAGAUAAAUGAGCAAAUUGGAUUGCAUUCGAAUGACCCUCCGACAAAUGGACCGUGGUGAAGUUUCAUUCAUUCCGAGAUAUCUUCAGAAGGUGGAGAAUAUUCCCCAUUGUCAUGGUAAUCCUCAGGAUUUCUCACCCAACGCGAGAUUCAUGGGAAAAUGCCACCCCGUCUUGUUGCUCAAGGUGAAGAAAAGCAUCCAAGACAAGCGGGAGAAAUUGAUGGACGAUAUCUGGUCAAUGACGGAGAGAUCCUUGGUGCUGCAAGAGCAGGAAUGGAUUGGAGGCGUUGAGGAGAGGUUGUACGGAUUCGAAUUGGAACUGGUUCACGCCAUGAAGAGAGAUGGCUGGAAUGGAUUUGAAUCGGAAGACAAUGUUCUGUGGACUUUUCCGGGAUCCCUCUUCUUCUCCAUUGUAAGUCUCACCACCAUUGGAUAUGGCGACCAAACUCCAAAGACCACAUUGGGCAAGAUCAUAACCGUGGUCUACGUGAUUCUGGGCAUGCCUUUAUUACUCCUUUGCCUGGGCAACACUGGCAAGGCCAUGGCCAAAAGCUUCAGAUUCAUCUAUUGGCGAUUGUGCUGCUACGUGUGUGUAAGUUCACAAGCGCAACAACGAAUGGUUUCAUCAUCGCGACAACGUGCGGUCCCAUUAGCUCGAGGAAGGAGAUCAUUAUCCUAUCAUCACCCUCACUCCCGAGGACCACCACUCAGGUCCAUGUCCGUCCGAUCUCAGGCGAGUAGCACUUUUGGUGGACCCAGCCACAUGUCACCCGAAUCCAAGAGGAGAUCCUUUCGAAGCACUCGAGGAACGUGGUACAGUGGGAGUUUGAGCAAUACUAGUCCAGACGGGAUGUGCCCCACCCACCCACAAAUCACUGCUUCCUCCAAUGAAACCGAAAACGUGUUCACAUUCAACAAGAACAAGGAAUUGAGUCAAAGCCGGUCUGAUACACUUAUGGCUAGGCCCGAAUUCCAUCGAGACAAUGGUCUCCGGAGCUCAAACCGGAGUCGGAGAAGCACCAAAUCACUUCAAUUGAACCUACCAAGUGAGAAAGUCAGUAGUGGGGAUUCGAGUCCUUCGAGUCCUACCACCCCAGGGAUUCGACUCCCAACCCUGUUAAUGCAUCAACCACGGUCCAUCAACGAAAGCUUUCGGAGCCAAAGGCUGACCUUGGACGAGGAUUCCAUGGAUUAUCCCGUGGAGGUGGACUUCUAUGACGUUGAAGAUAUUUGGAACAAGGAGGUUCCAGUCUCACUCUGCUUUGUGGUCGUACUAGCCUAUGUGAUGGGAGGCUCCUAUUUAUUCAGCCAAUCUGAAGGUUGGGCCUUGUUGGAUUCGGCUUACUUUUGCAUUGUCUCCCUUACUACCAUUGGGUUUGGCGAUUUCGUUCCCAAGACCAAAAAGAUCGACCCCGAACUCAGUAUUGCCAUUUGUUCCACUUAUAUUCUAUUCGGCAUUUCUCUCCUGGUCAUGACCUUCAACUUGGUUCAAGAGCGGGUUAUCCGGAAAGUGCGGGGCAUGGCCAACGCUUUGGGAAUAAUCACCGAUGAAGAAUUUGAGGACAUGGACUAAGUGAAUGACUCAUUGAUGGAUCAAUUUAUUACUCAGUGUUGUAUGAAGAAUGUCACAAGUUGAAAAUAAGAUUAAACGAUUGAAUUGUGGCGUUCCAAA